CGGCCGGAGCUCGAGCCGCGAGGCUGUGCCCGAAGUUGGGUCUGUCCCCGGGCUCGGCUCCCGCCGGCGCUUCGGGGUCCCGGUCGCCAUGGGGACAAAAGGGAAGUUCGGGAGGAGACAGUUGCUUCUCUUCGCGUCGGUGAUCCUGUGCUCGCUGGCGCUGGGCAGGGGAUCCGUGUACACUUCCGAACCCGAAGUCCAAGUUCCUGAGAAUAAACCUGCCAAGUUGUCCUGCUCCUUCUCCGGCUUCUCCUCUCCCCGGGUGGAGUGGAAGUUUGCCCAAGGUGACAUCACCAGCCUCGUCUGCUACAACAGCAAGAUCACAGCCCCCUAUGAGGGCCGGGUGACCUUCUCGAACACCGGCAUCACCUUCCACUCCGUGACCCGGAAGGACACGGGGACAUAUACCUGCAUGGUCUCGGACGAAGGCGGCACCACCUACGGGGAGGUCAGCGUCCAGCUCACUGUGCUCGUGCCUCCGUCCAAGCCCACAGUUGACGUCCCCUCUUCCGCCACCAUUGGGAGCCGCGCGGUGCUGACCUGCUCCGAGACGGACGGCUCCCCGCCCUCUCAGUACCUCUGGUACCGCGAUGGGGUCCCGAUGCCUCUGGAGCCCAAGAACAGCCGUGCUUUCAGCAAUUCUUCCUACAGCCUGAACCCCCAGACGGGGGAGCUGAUCUUCGAUCCUGUCUCGGCCUUCGAUACGGCGGAGUACACCUGCGAGGCCCGGAACGGCUACGGGAUGCCCAUGAUGUCGGACGCGGUGCGCAUGGAGGCAGUGGAGCUGAACGUCGGGGGCAUCGUGGCCGCGGUCCUGGUGACACUCCUUCUCCUCGGGGCGCUGGUUUUCGGCAUCUGGUUCGCCUACCGCCGCGGCUACUUUGACAGGACGAAGAAAGGGACUGAGAGCAAGAAGGUCAUUUACAGCCAGCCCUCCGCCCGAAGUGAGGGGGAGUUCAGACAGACCUCCUCGUUCCUGGUGUGACCCGGGUCCCCCUCCGAGCCGGCCGGCCCGGGUGCCGCCGGCCUCGGCCCCUGGUGCUGUGGUUUCGCAGGAUGCCGCCUCUGUCCUCCAGCCCCCGGGACCCUUUGUCCUUCGGGAGAUAUGUUUUCGUGAUGUCGGCCGGGAGCCCUCCUUCCCCCCUUGUCUCCCUCCUCUCCUGGCGCUGCUGGGGGGCCGGCGAGGAGCCCAGCGGGAGUCUUGGCCAAGCCCGCUGACCCCCUUCACACAGGCGUGGAGGGCGCUCGCCUCCCAGCGUGCAGGGUCCUCGAACAGGGACCUUGGGCCUGGAGCCUCGGCUCCUUCCUCAGCAGCGAGGGGCAGCCCCGGCCUGGGGACCUGAGCAGCUGCAGUGAUUGUUUGGGGCCGCCAUCCGCCUCUCCUGCCCCGUCCCCACGGGGAGUGCCCCGGGGCCCUCCUGCACCGCCCUGCACGCGAGCAGACCGACCGAGGCCAACGGCGUCCUAGAAGACACUGCGUCCUAGGAGACACGGGACCUUUGGUUGUGGGGAGUUUUCAGGGAACGAGAAGCCUGUGGGUUUCUGGGCUGGAGCUGCAGCCGAACCACCGGACAGACCCUCUGUGGCUGAGGCUGCCGCGCUGGCUGCUGCAGGUGUGGUCUGAGCUCUGCGCCGACGCCGACGCCGAGUGUGUGUCGGGGAGCUUCUGGCUCUUUGAUGAGGUUGUGUUUGUGUGUGUUCGGAUGUAGCUUGAAAUAAAACCGUGGUUGGUCAAA